AUGGUCGUGAAAAAUAGGCUCUCAGGGUGGCUGGGGGCCGAUUGUUUACCCCUGCCCGAGGAGUGGGGCCGGCCCGGCUGGGGCCCGGCGCUGCGCUGCCCCGGCGGCCCUGGGAGCUGCUUCGCGGAGAUAAGGGAGCGGAGGGCGGCCGAGAUCACAUUCCCACACUCUGAAUUUCCCAAUAACGCCAAGAGUACUGACCUAACAAUUAACUGCGUUGCAAAGGGGGCCUCUUCACCUAGCCCAAAGACAAACAAUGCAUUUCCACAACAAAGAAUACUCAGAGAGGCAAGGAAAUGCCUUCCAGCAACUACUACACACUGUGCAGAUAACAAUACAAUAGCUUCUAGGAUCUUAAAUAAUGAUUCUUCAUCAGCGGCUGCGAAUUCCGAAAAAGAUUCCCAAAUCCCUCAUUGUAUUGAAUUUGCCACGGAUUUGCCCUCGUUACGGACCGACCCCGCGGAGGACGCCGCCCCUCCGGGGGCUGCGGAGCCGCGGAGCGCUGAACCGGGGGCCGAGGCGCUGCCCUUCCCGAACCGCGUCCGCAUCAAAACCGAGGAGGAGGCAAGCGGCGAGGACGGGCCCGACCCUCCGCCCCACGAGCUGCGGUGUGAGUGCAAUGAUCCCGAGGAGGAGCGUCGCGGCGUGACGGAGGGCAGCGAGCAAGACGCUUUACGAACGGCCAAGGAGGAUUCUGCAUGCACUGAGAAAGAAACCACUUCCUUCCCCCCGCUGACUCAGAGUCAGGGCCUCUCAUGCACUUUAGGUACUCCAAAACCUGAGGAUGGGGAGUAUAAAUUUGGAGCGAGGGUGAGAAAGAACUACAGGACGCUGGUUCUGGGCAAGCGGCCCGCGCUGCAGCCUCCUCCGCUCAAACCAAAUCUGAAAUCGGCGCGGAGCCCGCGGCCCGCAGGUAAAGCCGAGCCCGAAGGAACACUGGACGAUCUCACGGCCAACAAUAGGCGCAGAAGGGUAGCCGGCAAUGUAGCAUCAGCGGUGAAAAGGCCGUUUAAUUUCAUGGCAAAUUUUCCCUGUCCACCGUCGCUAAUUAUUGGCCAUGACGGGGAUUUGUUGCCAGCUUACUCCUUAAGCACCACUAAGGACUCGCAAGCACCUCACAGGGCCCAUCCCGUGUGGAAAUGGCAGCUGGGCGGCUCUGCAAUACCUCUCCCACCUAGCCACAAAUUCAGGAAAUUUAAUUAAUAAAAUACUUUGGAAAAUAUUUGCUGGAACCACCUCUCGGGCUGUGCGCUGUGUGAGCACGGCAGGAAGGUUCGUGCGGCCCUUAACGCCGCGCAGCGCUCGCUGCUGGGAUCCGUCAUGUCGUUUGUGAAGACAGAACCCGGAUUACCGUUUCCUUCCCUUGUUCCAACAGUGGUUUUGAUUUGGUUUGUUUGGGUCUUUUUUGUUGUUGUUGUUUUUGUUUUCUUUUUCUUUUUUUUUUUCCUGUUACAUUUGGGUAUUUUUUGUUACAUUCCACAGAGUACUUCAGGCAAAGACUCAACUCAACUCAGUUACGCCGGUAGAGCUGGAACACUUUACUGUUUGAAUGCUAAUAAUGCACCAGUACCUCAAUUCAACUGCUGCAAAUAAAUGUCAAAAGGUUGAAUAAUAAAUACUAGAAUGAGCCAUUAAAUUUAUGCACUAGAUUUCGAACAUGGCAGUCUAACUGUUACUUCAGUUCAAGUUUGUGAAGUGCCACGGCCGCACAGGAGGGCUGGCCGCAUCUCGGCGCUCGGAGCGGGGCGAUGCGGUGCCCCGGGCCCACAGCGCUGCGCUCAGCCCCUGGGGAAGGCGGGGGCAGAGAGCAGCACGAAACGGGGGAUCGCAGCGUGGGGAAAAGGCGUCCUUUCGCUCGUACAGCCCCUCGUUGCGAUUGGAAGCCUUUUUGUUGUUUCACCCAGAGGUCUUAAAUAAGGUUACUGUUACCCGCUCACGUCGUGCCGAUGCUGCGCUCCGAACGCGCCCCUGCAAACUUGCACGGCGCUCGGAGCCCUGCCCGGCCCGCGGCGAUUUAUGGGCAACCCCGCGCGGGCCGCAGGAAAUAGCGAAGCAGUAAAUGCGGCGCAGAGAGAGCGGAGCGAGGGGCCAGGAGUGGGAACAGCGCACCAAACGCGAGCCCCGUGCUGCUCGUGGCUCUGCGGCCCUGAACUCGGGUGCUGCCGCCUCGUUGUCCUCAGCCCCGAACCCUGGCGCUGUCGGUUUUUGUUUCCAGGCCGUCCUCUCUAUGUAGCAGAAACGUUUCUACCGCACGUGACAAUCAGAGGCGAUUAUCUCUAUUUGCACUUAAUAUCGAAAUAGUGGAGCGGGCGGGGGCGAGGGCCUCGCCUCGGAGAGACAUGCCGGUAUAAUAUAUUGUGAUGAUGGAAGCGGUAAAUCAAAAUGAUGGAAAUUUGCACUGUUGAAAAGCAUGCUUUAGCUUUAUUUUCAAUUAAAAACACUGUUUAAAAAUUCCUGAUUCCCUACACUUUGAAUUAUUGCAAUUUAUCCUCGCUUUCCCCUCCGUUUGGGAGAUUCCCGGUUGGAUUCCGAGGAAAUACGCUUCAAGAGGUUCACUGUUUCCCUCCCUGCCCCCAAAGCCCCUCCAAAAGAAAGGGA